AUGAGCGACGAAGAGGUGAGUACGCCUCUGGGGGAUAAGCAUGACGAAGGGGACAUGCAAAGCGAAAGCGAAGACAUAAUAUAUGAAAACUAUACGGAGAGGACAGAUGAGCUAAUCGCAUCUGCCAGCAUGAUGGAGGAACACGAGGAGGAGGCCGACGACGACGGGGCUGCCAAGGAAGAACCUAAUUCAGGAGAUGAUGACCCCCUCGACCAAAGUGGUGACAACGUGUGCACAGCUGAUGACCACAGCGGAAGAGAGUUACACAUGAUGAGAGAGGACUCAAAUCAGGUGUGGGAAUUGGAUAGCGGGGAAAAUUACUCCCAAGCGAAGGAAGAAUCAAACAACGUGCAAGCUGAACAAGACCCAGCCGAUAAUAACUCUGUUGAUGAUACUAGUUCUCUUUACGUGAGCCAAAGUUUAGAUGUGGGUCUGAGUCAGUUGGGUUUGAGUCAAAUGGGUGAGGCUUCUUCCAGCGCUGCACUUUUUGUUAGCGAAACGGGGGAAGGAGCUCCCACAACCAGCGCGGAAUGGGCGAAGGUAGAGGGGGAACAAGAAGCAACGGGAGGCAUUCUCCUUAACGGAGGGGCGAAGAAGGAAGGAGGAGAAGAAGAUGAAAAAAUGAAUCCGUUAGAGAACCACCAUGUGGAACCCAGUGAAGGCACGAAGAACGCGCACGCAGAGCAGCCUCCUCAUCAACAUGAAGCGAACCAACCACAACCCGUGUGCAUGCGACGGUCGAACACCUACCUUCGAAGUAUUGUAACGAAGAAAUCUCCAAACAUGAAAAAUAGUAUUCAUAAUUUAAAUUUUCUAAAUGUAAAUUCGAUCACGUUUGAUUCAUGCUAUGGUGGCGCAGGGGAGAAGAAUUUUAUGGGUGCCUCGAGUGGAGGUGCGGCUCAUGGCGAUGAGGGGUCGGUGAUUAAAAACCCUCAAUUAGCAAGUGGAGGCACCAUGACGUAUUCUAGUGAACUUGUGGAGGAAGAACUUCAUAACAUUUACACUCUCCUAAAUGGGGAAUUGACGAGGUCACCAGAAAACGACAAAGAGAUUCACCGAGUGAAGGACGAAAUUAUUAAUUUGUAUAGAAACAACCCAACUGAACUGCUGACCUUGGAAAGGUGCUACGCCAGUGUAAGAGCAAAUAAAAAAUUAAUUGACAUUUUGUUUGGCUUGCUAGGAGGUGGUAGUGUGUGGACUCAUACGAAAUGGGAUUCUUCCUUCGGCCACGGAGCACCACUGAAUUAUUUAACCUACGACACGGUUAACAAUAUGCAUCAGGUGUGGAGACAAGAUGGUGCAGCAAAUUGGGGGCCAGCCCAAAACGGCGACACGGACAAAAAAAAACAAAAACGAAACAAAAAAAAUGUUGCUAGCUAUGGUGCGAAUGAGUAUGCCAACCUGAGGGGAGAUCCUCUAGCCACCAGUGUAGUAGCAGUUGGAGAGGGCGCCCCUAAUCAGUGGAAUAUGCCCCCCAAUGAAUCGCAUCCCCAUGGGGGAAUGGGCACGUGGACUACCCCCCCCACCAUGAUGUACGGAAAGCAUGGAGAGGAGCAACAGACCAUGGGUGGUUUGCCAUGGGGAGCAAUGGACAUGAAGGAGUACAAUCCACACGUAAACCCCUUUGAGUGGUUAAACCAAAAUGUGCAAAUAAAAAAUGAAAAAUGUAAAGGAGGCCCCUUCGAUGCAGAUCAUUACAAUCCCCUGUCAGAGGAAAAAAAAAAAAAAAACAUGAUCGAAUGGAAUAACAACAGUGGGGAUGGAUCCAAAGGAAAUAAUUUUCCCCACCAACCCCUAAACAACAUGUACAAAUGUGUAAGCUGCAAAAAUGUGUGCACCCACGUGUAUUAUAUUUUAAAGCCUAACAAUGUUAAAAAGGUUUCGUAUGGUGUAUUGGAUAAAUGUGUGUGGUGCAGCACUUGUUUCAACUCUAGUACGUACCCGAAUAUUUUGAACAGAUCACAUUUUAUAAAAGUAAAUAUACCUUAUAAUUUUUCGAGCACCGAUUGGAGUGUUGCUGAAGUGGAGAAACUCAUUGAUGCAGUUAGCAUGUAUAAAAACAACUGGGAUAAAAUAAGUGAAUGUGUAGGAAGUAAAAGUGUAUAUGAAUGUAUUUUUAAAUUUACUUCCAUGCCUCUUUCUAACCCAUACUUCGAUGUGGAUAACCUUCUUAACAUUAAUAAUGUUUCUUUUAAAUCUUUUAAACAAAAUAAUACUCUGCUCUCUUUGCUCUCCUUCAUAUGCAAUUACAUCAGCCCCUACAUCGGGGCAUACGCGGCGAAGAAAAUUGUGGAUUUCAUUCUUAACAAGCAGCGCGAGUGCGUCGCCAGGGUUAAGGAGGGUGAGGACAGGAACAAGCGCGAGCAGUGGGAGAAGCGAGAAAACCCAGAUGCUCAAAGGGGUGACAUAAGAAAUGAGAAUGCAGAAUCGCAUCAGUCUGCGGGGGGAGAAGAGCCAUCCUGCGAAGACCACUCACAAGCUGAUCCAAAUGGUAAUGAGCAAAAUGGGGAACACGCCACCGCUGCAGACGCGGCGGAUGACGAAACGGGAGGGGGCACUCAACAGAACCAGCGCGAAGGGGCCCUACCCCAGUCGGACAGCGACGCAGGGAACGAAGACGGCCAAGCGAACGACAUACAAACCAACGCCGCUGCGCAGCAGGAAGGUAUUUCCAAGACGGGCCACCAGGGGGCAUCGCUCAUCGUGGCAGACGGGGAACAAGCAGGUACAGCAACGCACCAAAUGGCCAACAGCGCUGACGUUAAAGCUGAAAGAGAAGACCCCAACAUGGCCUGUGGCAACCCCGACUUCGUACCACUCCAAGUCAACAUGCCGCCAAAGGACAAUGCCUCUUCCACGUACAUACUGAAUGAGAAGGACAUGCAGGAAAUACAUAACACCAUUAUUAACGCGUCCAAGAAGAGGGCCCGCCAGCUGGCAGAACUGGAGAGGCACAACAUUAGGAAAUUGUUGAAGGAACUCGCCGUUAUAAACACCAGGAAGGUGAAGCUAAAGCUGAAGCAGUACCAGUACUUGCAAAAUUAUUUUGACAUUCAGAACCAGCAAAUGGAGCGGAAGAGAGCGCGCCACGGAGAUGAAGAGGCGGCAGAAAAAGACGAACAGAACAACUCAUACGAACAGAACAACUCAUACGAACAGAACAACUCAUAUGAACAGAGCGACCAGAGUGAUGACUAUUAG